UGCUGUUUUUUUAUCUAUGUAACGAUUCAAACUUUAUUAAUUACUCCCAUAACUCAGCGAAAACCUCUUCGUUUGGAUUCCGAUCAGCUCGCUUCUCCCCCAUCCCCACGCAACCUACUGUUCUCCAAUAAUUCUCAGCUGGAUCUCACACUUUUGAGGAUCCAAACUUCUUACUGAUGCUGCUGAUUGGAGAUUGGAUUUUGGAUGGGGCUUAGAGAUAGUGUAGACAUGAAAGCGCUCAGGGCGAAGUUUAGAGUAGCAACUGUGGUUAUAGUGUCCAUAUGGAUUGGGCUUCCAGGAGUGUAUCAUCUGCUGAAGCCAGUAGAAAAUGGUUGUGUCAUGACGUAUAUGUAUCCGACAUACAUUCCACUUCCCACGCCUAAGAAUGUGUCGACUAGUAAAUAUGGUUUGUUCUUGUACCAUGAAGGCUGGAGAAAGAUUGAUUAUAAUGAUCACCUUAAGAAUAUAAAUGGUGUGCCAGUUCUUUUUAUCCCAGGCAAUGGUGGAAGCUACAAACAGGUCAGAUCCCUUGGUGCAGAGUCUGAUAGGGCUUAUAGAGGAGGUCCACUUGAAUGGGACUCUAACCACGCUUAUCCAAUUUUUGGAGAGGGCAUUGAUAUUGAUUUGACUAACAUUUUGUUACCUAGUCAAUAUACUUCCAUGCUUGAUUGGUACGCAGUGGAUCUUGAAGGUGAACAUUCUGCAAUGGAUGGUCGGAUUCUUCAAGAACACGCAGAAUAUGUAGUAUAUGCCAUUCACACGAUUUUGGAUCUAUAUAAAGAAUCGCAUGCUGUGCAUGCAAAAGGUGGUCUCCCUAAAAGCGUGAUAUUAGUUGGUCACUCUAUGGGUGGUUUUGUUGCUAGGGCUGCAGUAGUGCACCCCCAUUUGAGAAAGUUUGCUGUUGAAACUAUUCUGACGCUCUCUACGCCCCAUCAGUCUCCUCCUGUGGCAUUACAGCCAUCCUUGGGCCACUAUUAUGCACAAGUAAAUCAGGAAUGGAGGAAAGGAUAUGAGGUCCAAACCUCUAGAACUGGGCGCUACUUGUCAGAUCCUUUGCUUUCCCAUGUUGUCAUCAUCUCUGUU